GGCUGGUCUCAAACUCCUGACCUCAGGUGAUCCGCCCGCCUCAGCCUCCCAAAGUGCCGGGAUUAUGGGCAUGAGUCACCGCGCCCAGCUGCAAAGCGCAUUUUUCUAUGGGUAACUGUGCUGCGCGGGGUGGUACCAUUUUUCACCCAGCGGGUGAGGAGGCAGCGAAGUUGCGGGCCCAGCGUAGCGCGCGCCUCCAAAGUGCUUGGUGCGGGCGCGGGCGCGCGGCGCCACCGUUCCCAUCCAGGCUUGCGGGCGGCCACCGGCGGGCAGGGCUUCGAGAUGGCCUCGCCGCGGCGGUGCUCCCCGACAGCCCCGGACAGGGAAUGCAAGUUGCCGCCACCCUCGGCCCCUGCCGGCGAGUAUCCCCCUGGCAAGCUGUCCUGGGGAACCCUGGCGAGGGCCUUAGGCCGCUUCACGCUGUCGAUCCCGCACACGCGCCUGCUGGCCACCCUCGACCCUCUGGCCUUGGACAGGGAACCACCGCCGCAGCUGUCGCCUGAGAAGCAGCAGAUGCCGGAGAAAUUGAUUUGGGGCGACCAGGAGCCUCUCUCCAAGAUCCCAUUUAAAAUUCUGAGUGGGCACAAGCACGCUGUGAGCACCUGUCACUUCUGUGUGGAUGACACAAAGCUCCUCAGCGGCUCCCAUGACUGCACGGUGAAGCUGUGGGAUGCGGUGGAUGGUUCUGUGGUUCGCGAUUUUGAGCACAGGCCCAAGGCUCCUGUUGUAGAGUGCAGCAUCACAGCCGACAGCAGCAGAGUCAUUGCCGCAUCCUACGAUAAGACUGUGAGGGCCUGGGACCUGGAGACAGGCAAGCUGCUGUGGAAGGUCAGGUAUGACACCUUCAUCGUCUCCUGUAAGUUUUCUCCUGAUGGUAAAUACGUAGUCUCAGGCUUCGACGUGGAUCAUGGAAUCUGCAUAAUGGACGCUGAGAACAUCACCACUGUUUCCGUCAUCAAAGAUCAUCACACAAGGUCCAUCACGUCAUGCUGCUUUGACCCCGACAGCCAGAGGGUGGCUUCUGUCUCAUUGGACAGGUGCAUCAAGAUCUGGGACGUUACAUCCCAGGCCACGCUGCUCACCAUCACCAAGGCACAUUCCAAUGCAAUCUCAAACUGCUGUUUUACCUUCAGUGGCCAUUUCCUGUGUACAAGCUCCUGGGAUAAAAACUUAAAAAUAUGGAACGUCCACACAGGGGAGUUUCGAAACCGCGGAGCCUGUGUGACCCUGAUGCAGGGCCACGAAGGUUCCGUCAGUUCCUGUCACUUUGCCAGAGACAGCUCUUUUCUCAUUUCUGGAGGAUUUGAUAGGACUGUGGCUAUUUGGGACGUAGCAGAAGGCUACCGGAAGCUCUCCUUGAAGGGCCAUAAUGACUGGGUGAUGGAUGUUGCCAUUAGCAACAACAAGAAAUGGAUCCUGUCUGCUUCCAAGGAUAGGACCAUGAGACUGUGGAAUAUUGAAGAAAUUGACGAAAUUCCUUUGGUAAUCAAGUACAAAAAGGCUAUGGGCUUAAAGGUGAAACAGUGCGAAAGAUGUGACAGGCCUUUCUCCAUCUUCAAGAGUGACACCUCUUCUGAAGUGUUCACCCAAUGCGUGUUCUGCCGGAUAGAUAUAAGGGGCUUGCCAGCAGAGACUUCAUCAUCAUCAUCUUUGGAAAGGGAGAACUCACCGCCGCCGACCGGGGGAAGCUAGGAUGAUUGACAGCUACAGGCCCCUUUGAGUGACUCCAAAACAUGAUUCCUAGCAUGUAGGUUUUGGGGCUCUGCAGGGACUUUCUCUUGGGCCCCUUCCACGCUCAGUAGGCCUGUCAGACUGGGGCAGGGCACAAGCCCUGACUGGGCUCUCAACACAGUGCCACCUCUUCAGCUUUCAGCUUGGGGAGUGAACACUUGACUUUCCGUUUUCAUGCAGAAUAAAUCUAAUUCCUUUG